ACAGCUUUGUGGCGGGUUGCCGUGCGAAACGGGCUUGCCAGCAGAUCCGAUGCACUUCCGAUGCUCGUAGCCAACCUCAGUUUAGUUUAGAACCCGUUUAAAGACAGGAUUUGUUCGUUGUUUUACACUGCAAUUUAUCAGAUUAUUAUGUACAUUAAUGGUGGUGAAAACUGUCUGGUCAUUUUGUAAUUGAAGGUAAUUGUUUCUGGAAACGUUUUUUUUCCGCUCUGAGCGUUUAUUAGUAACUGCCGUUACCUAGAUGGUGCCACUUUCCAGCUCAUACCAGGCGGAUCUUGUAACGUUACUGUGGGGAAUAACAUCGUCGAUCACUUGCUACACCCAAUCUUCAACUCAACCGAUUGUCACAUACAACCGGAUUUCCAAUUUAUCAGUCCCCAAAAUAUAUUAACUAUGGAGAGAACGGAUCUUAUUCAGAAGGCCAAGCUGGCGGAGCAGGCUGAGCGUUACGACGACAUGGCUGAGUCCAUGAAGGCGGUUACAGAGAAGGGAGACGAGCUGUCAAACGAGGAGAGGAACCUGCUGUCCGUCGCCUACAAAAACGUGGUUGGGGCGAGGCGCUCCGCAUGGAGGGUGAUGUCCAGUAUCGGACUGAAGACCGAGGGGUGUGAGAAGAAGCAAAAGAUGGUCAAGGAGUAUCGGGAGACGGUGGAGAAGGAGCUGCAAGAGAUCUGCAACAACGUUCUGAAACUGCUGGAUAAUCAUUUAAUUCAAAACUCCACAAAUGCCGAGAGCAAAGUCUUCUAUCUAAAGAUGAAGGGGGACUACUAUAGAUACCUUGCUGAAGUUGCCUCUGGAGAUGAGAGAUCAAAGACCAUUGAAAACUCACAGCAAGCAUACCAGGAAGCGUUUAACAUCAGCAAGACUGAGAUGGACUCCACACAUCCCAUCCGCUUGGGCUUGGCACUUAACUUCUCCGUCUUCUACUAUGAGAUCCUCAACUCUCCACAAAAAGCCUGUGAAUUGGCUAAAACGGCAUUCGAUGAAGCCAUUGCAGAGCUUGACCAGCUAAAUGAGGAGUCUUACAAAGACAGCACUCUUAUCAUGCAGCUUCUCAGAGAUAACCUGACAUUAUGGACAUCAGACACCGCUGCUGAGGAGGGCGAUGGUGGAGAAGGAGGAGAGGGUGGCGAGAAUGAGAACUAAAGAACACAAGCCCUCGAAGUUGGGGACACCUCCAAAAACAACAAAAGGAAAAAAAAACAACUUUUUACACAUCCUUCAUUCCUUAUUGCUCCACUCAAACAUUCUACCAAUGAAACCCAUUGCUGAAAAGAGUCAUGUAAGGAAAUUAUAAAAAAAAAUUAUUCUUUUCACAAUGUAGAUUUGGACAACUGGUGAAAAGAGAAACCCUCCAUUCCUUUGGUUUGUGUUUGUCCUGGCCUUCCCAUUUGUGCAGUUUCAGCUAUAGAAAAGUGAUUGAUAGCUUGACAUGGUAUCAGACUCCUAGUUUAAUUAAGAGGCAGAAAAAUAAGUCCCAUUGUUGAAUAACUGGAAGCUUAAAUCCCACCAAUUGAGAACGUUUGGAUUUUUUUUUCCAAUAAGAAAUGUAGAAAGAAAAAAAAAACUAGUUUCCCUAUAGCUCUUAUAAGUGUGUCUGUCUCUACACAGUUAUGUGGUACGGUUACAGCAGCUGAAGUCCAACAUCAAACAGUUAAAUUUUUCUUACUGCAGGGAAAGCUAGUGCACUUUACAUGCUGGCAACACAAUAUAAUACAGCCAAGUAGUGCCAAUUGGUUAAAUCCUCACUUUCUGCCCUGGUUAUGAUGCCACUCUUUCACUGAAGCAUGCCUGUUGUUUGGGGUGGUGGGGGUGGUGGGGAUGGUGGGGCUUGUCUGAACAAUCGCAGGGACCUUUUUAAUGGGAAGAAGACAAUUCUGUCAUGCAUGUCUCUUGAGAUAUUACACUGGAAUGGGAACAAAUGCUGUAAAACACAAGUCAAAGUGUCAAGUUUAGUAAUUUUCAAUGCAGGUUUGUACACAUCCUACAAGUGGGUGAUUUGUUAGUCUGUCCAGUGAUUGUCAUUAGAGAUUUGGACCACUAUUGUUUUGCUAUUCAUUCAAUUGUAGUCCCCAAAAGCCUUGUGGAACUGUUUAAAUCCCUAUGUAUCAGCUAUGUUAACAUGAUUAAAACAUUUUAUAAACCAAA